GUGUAAUCCUCUCUUGGUAAGAUUAAUUUCAUUUCAUUAGUCAUCAGUCAGUCUUCUUGUUACACACGUAUCUUUUGUAAGAUGAUUGAGGGUUCGAUGUAAUUAUCGGUGAAAGCACCUGUACGUUUUGAUCAGGAUCUAACGAUGAAAAGGAAGACGUGCCUCGAGAAAGUGUAUUUAGGGAUUGAAUGACCUGGAGAGCGCAGAGGGUGCAGAGGGUGUACGAAAGUUCAACACGUCUGCGAUCAUUAAGGACCAAUCUCCUAUGGAAGGAAUGGAAGGAAUGCGUCUCUUCUUUUCUGCGGCUGGUAGAGUUGCAGCCGCGCCGGGUUGUGCAACAGACCACGUGUCUUGGGUCCGUUGUGUCGGUGAUGUUGGAGCUAGAGCUAGAGGAACACACGUUGACUAAUGCAACGAAGAUGCAUCUCUGCUGGGUUACAACGUCGGCCCCUAACCGUCGCGUCGCGUCGUUGUUCGGUAUGGAUAUUAUGAAACAAACAAGGAUGUCUGCGGCGGAAAGCGGGUCAGUGCACGGUUCGUUUGUCUUACGCUUGGUUCCUGGAUCGUUUCACCUCCGCCAUCUUGCUUCUGUUUUCUUUUUGCUCGAAUUAUCGAAAAACGGCAAGUCUACACACACGGUUCAAGAUGGACUUAAGAAAACUAUCCUGCACGUGUGAUAUUGAUUUAAAAUUUUCUAAAUGGCAAUGUUCUUCGUAAAAUUAAAGCCAAAUUGCAACAUUAGUAUAAUACAUUAAAUGUAUUAUUAUGCAACGUUCGGAUUAUAAAUCUCCGUUUCCUGGGAACAGAGAAAUUUCGAUGUUUAAUUAAGGACAAUCUCGAGGCUAGAAAUAUUUAACGAGUGCCAAUGAUGAUCUACAUAAAAAAAAGAAAAAAAUCGUAAACGAAUCCAUUAGCGAAUCGAAUCGAAGAGAAAAAAAUGUGAAAAAAUGAGUUUUCCCUUUCGUACCACGAGAGCGGAGACAUGUGAUCGAUUGAAACGAGAGGUCCAGAGAUCCUUACGAUUGAAAAUAAACUGCGUCCUUGCGCGACACAAGCCCGUGUGAUAGAAUUCCUUCGAGAAGGUAUUGGUCCCUUUCCAUUUCAACCAGAUAUGUUCGACGAUAGCUGCGACUGGACUAAACAUUUUCCUCAUAUGUGUUUGCGCUUUGCAUUCUGUCACCAAGAAUAUUAAGUAUAUUAAGACCGUCUCCCAGAUCGUGUCAUUAGGAUAUCCGAUUUAUUGCAGCUUGAUGCUAAUUUCGUAGCUUAUGCAUCAGUUUUUCAAUAUUAAUGACCGAUUCUCGAUGACGUACAUUAGCAGCAAAAAAUAUUGGAUCUAUCUAUAGAGAAACAAAAUGGGAAUUUUGAAAUACGUCAUUUUGUUUUUUAUUUGCUAGCUUACAAAUGAAAAGAAAAAUUCUAACAUCAGUGUCGUAUAUCUUUUCAGAUUUUCUGUGGAUUCGAAUUCUGUGCACGACAAUCAGACUUGCAAGUGUCUUGAUAAUUUAUUAACGUAAUGUUAGCGAACGUCCUACUAUAUGUAUGUGAAAGAAUGUUUACACCCACAAUAGUCAUCCUGGCGUAACGAGAUGUAACGCAAGCGAGAGAAAGUUGUUAUGUUUUUAGCGCAUAUUACCUACGAUAUUUAACCGCGUUGAAUGACCAAAUCUCUACAGACCGGCAAGUGCACAGCUGCCAGUCAGAUCGCAGUCAUUGCUGCUGUUAGGUUUGCAAAUUAAACGAUUCGGCCAGAGAAAUUUUGGAACGACAUGUUGUUAAGCAGCAUCGAAAUAUAAAAUAAUUCUUAAUUUUGAAUUUUCAAGAGAUAAUUUGCAUAACAGAUAUCAUCAAUUUUAUAUUGCAUAUUCUAUACCGACUUUCUGUUACCAAAUCGUCACAUUACGUAUGUACAUAUUCGGAAAAGAAGCGUGAGUGCUGUCAUCUGGAGUCACUGGAUCAGUUAUUCCCUUCAAGAAUGUGACGUAAUGAUUGACACGAUUUUACCUCUUGAUACAUUAUUAGAAUGCGGAAACGAUUGAUGAAGUGUGCGCCGCGCCGAGUAAUAUUUCAUUACUUGGAGCUAUUUAUAAAUUUAAUAGCUGAAUUUUAAAACAGCCCAACAUCCAGCUUCACCCCUCCAAUUGCACAGCUUUUACCCUAAAUGUCAGUUUCUUCUCUGGUGCAGCUUAGCACUGCUAUCCACCAUAGUUCUUAUGACAUUAGCAAUUACCACUACGACGACACUUCAUCAGUUUGACAUUUCAGAUUAUUUGUACGGGGUGGAUAUAGAUUUGCAAGCAAGAGCGCGUGCAGGAAUCGAAGCCGAAAGAUUCACGUACCAAACGAGAGCUAGAUACGAAAAUAGGCCAGCAUCAGGCGAGGCUCCAUGUAGGAUCAAACCGGAUAGACCUUGCCCGCCAAGCAAGUAUCGAACGCCUUCCGGUACUUGCAACAAUGUCAGACAUCCUGUUUGGGGAGCUCGGGGUGCACCCUUUUUGAAAUUAUUGCCAGCUGCAUACACUGACGGUAUCGCGAGUCCCCGUCAGUCGUUAGGCAACCACGUGCUUCCGACGCCUACGAAAGCAGUGUCGACGAUGAUCAACCACCUUCGUCUUUCGCCGGAGACUCACGAGGGUUUGACCAGUUUAUCGGGCGUGUGGUCGGAAUUGGUGCUGCAGGACAUCGCAUCGACGGUGCACCCAACACGGUCGAACCAAGGAAACUUUUGCUGUUCCGAGGGAAACAACAGGCAUCCGGAAUGUUACGAGAUCCGUGACGAGGAUGGCGGAUGCAGCGAGUAUUGGCGAUCGGUGCCAACUUUGACCGUGUACAAGUGUAACUUUGACACCAGGGAACAGAUGAACGGUGCAUCCGCUUAUUUGGAUGGUUCCCAUAUCUACGGGGCAACCGACGAGCAGUUGCAUCAAAUUAGAAUGUACAGUCGAGGGAAGGUGGACGUGUCCGCGUGUGAAAUGUGUAACAAGACGGAGGAUCAAGUUUUGGGAACGAUGUACCAUGCCCUUUUGAACGAGCACAAUCGGAUCGCGGAGAAGCUCGCGGAAGCGAAUCAACACUGGGACGAAACGAAGCUGUUUCUGGAGGCUCGUCGAUUGGUCGUGGCUCAGAUUCAACACGUCACGCUGAACGAAUACGUGCCGAGCAUUCUUGGGGAAGGCGCUCGAACAGAUGCCGAACUGAUGCCGGUGACGAACGGAUUCUACAGACAGUACUCCUCGUCCAACAUCCCAGGCACGUACGACGGUGUCGCGUUGGCGGCUCUUCGCGCUCUCACGUCGCUUCGUACACAUCGGAUGAUCAAUGAUGCCACGCGCCUCGAGGACCACGUGAUCACCUCGGCGAAUCGCGUAAGCCUCGAUCUAAGCGACUCGACUUUCGAGCCCCGGUUGCACGCGAACGCGCGGCUGGUCCACGUGGCUCGCGAUCAUGGUAUUCCCGGAUACAUCUACUUUGUCGCCGACUGUUCUGGAAACAAUGUCACGAUUCAGAAUUUCAAGGAUUUGGAACGCUUCAUGCUGCCCGUGCACGCAAGAUUACUGGAAUCCAUAUAUUCCCUAGUGGAAGACAUAGAUCUGCUUCUAGGUGGAAUUUUGGAAAUUCCGACCAAGGGCGUCACGGUGGGACCAACGUUCGAGUGCCUUCUCAGAAGGCAGUUCAUCAAAAUGAGAAACUCGGAUCGAUUUUGGUACGAGAACGAUAUACCUCCUUCGGGAUUGAACGCGGCUCAACUGGCUGAGAUCAGAAAAGUUUCGCUAGCUGGUAUCCUCUGCGCCAAUACGAACAUUCAGAGGAUCCAACCGAGGGCAUUCAUCCGAACGGAUCCCUACUUAAAUGCUAGAAUAAACUGCGAUCAGUACUCUGCUUUGGAUCUAACCCCGUGGAGAGAAGAGCCUCUUCCGGAACCGGUGAGAAAAGAAAUAACCAGAGAACCUGUUACAUCCGAAUUCAUUCCUAAUCUCAAUCCGAGCGUGAUAGCUGCUGCGGUGAAGAAGGCGGAAGCAGAUUUAAUCGAAAGAAAACAGCUCGAGUACAAUUCGUGGUUGGAACAAAGGAUAGCGGAUCCUAAAUCACCAGCAGGUACAGCGGCUAGCUUCUCGAAAGCCAACAAAGAUGCUCUGCUAUUAGCCAAUUCGUCGAUCGUCUACGAAUUGGCUACCAACGAAAUCCUGAACGGUAUACAUGGACUGAGACGUAGGAGACGACAAAUCUUUGACACUACGGACAACGUCCUUGGCUUUCCCAGCAACGACUUUUCCGAUCUGCUGCAGAACGUGGAUAUAUCUGGAUUUUUAUCUCAGAAGAAGCCAACGAAUCACGAAGAAGUUGAAUGUCCGGUAGACGAUAGCCCCUGCGAUCCAACGAGCCCGUACAGAACCCUCUCGGGUCACUGCAACAACCUCCGAAAUCCUAACUUGGGAAAAUCAUUGACCACCUUCGCAAGAUUACUCCCUCCCGUUUACGAGGACGGCGUAUCGAAACCCAGAAGCACGUCGGUCGCAGGGGCACCUUUACCCAAUCCAAGAGUCGUCUCCACGGUCAUUCACCCGGACAUCUCUAACCUCCAUAACCGGUACACGCUUAUGGUGAUGCAGUUUGCUCAGUUCUUGGACCACGAUCUGACGAUGACCCCCAUUCACAAAGGUUUCGCUGAAUCCAUACCGAGCUGUCGUUCGUGCGACUCACCUCGUACAGUUCAUCCCGAGUGUAACCCUUUCCCGGUGCCAGCUGGCGAUCAUUAUUACCCAACGGUGAACGUUUCGUCCGGUGCACGAAUGUGUUUCCCUUCGAUGAGAUCUCUGCCAGGGCAACAGCACUUGGGACCCCGGGAACAGAUAAAUCAGAACACCGGUUUCUUGGACGGUUCGGUGGUCUACGGUGAGAACUCGUGUAUCUGUAACGUGCUGCGUGGUUUCAACGGACGUAUGAACAUCACUCAGAGCCCGCAUCGAGGAGGAAAGGACCUUCUGCCCCAGUCGGCCACCCAUCCAGAGUGUAAAGCCAAGUCUGGAUUCUGUUUCAUCGGUGGCGAUGGUCGUGCAUCGGAACAGCCCGCGUUGACUGUCAUGCACACCAUCUGGGUACGCGAGCACAACAGACUGGUAGAAAGCUUGAGGCAGGUGAAUCCUCACUGGGACGGGGAGAAAUUGUUCCAACAGACUCGUCGUAUACUCAGCGCGAUGUUGCAACACGUUACCUAUAACGAAUUUCUACCAAGGAUCCUUGGUUGGAACGCUGUUACUUUGUACGGACUGAAACUUUUGCCUCAGGGUUACUACAAGGAAUACUCUCCUACUUGCAAUCCCAGUGUACUCACCGAAUUCGCCACCGCUGCCUAUAGAAUCGGGCACUCGCUUCUGAGACCGCAUUUACCGCGAAUGGAUCGCAACUAUCAGAGCAUCGAACCGUCCAUAUUACUGCGAGAUGGAUUUUUCGAUCCGGACGCGCUCUACCAGCAAGGCAUGUUGGACGAAAUGAUACGAGGUCUGGUGGCUACCCCUAUGGAGACCUUGGACCAAUUCAUUACCGGCGAAGUAACUAAUCAUCUGUUUGAAAUACGUGGUAUACCCUACUCUGGAGUGGACCUGGUCGCGCUCAACAUCCAUCGUGCCAGGGACCAUGGAAUACCGUCUUACAACAAUUACAGAGCACUCUGCAAUCUAAAGAGGGCGACGACGUUCGAAGACUUGUCGAGAGAAAUGGCGCCGGAAGUUAUAGCCCGUAUGAAACGCAUAUACGCGUCUGUCGAUGACAUCGACUUGUUCCCUGGUGGAAUGAGCGAAAGACCCCUCCAGGGUGGACUGGUAGGACCGACGUUUGCUUGCAUAAUAGCCAUACAAUUCCGUCAAUCGAGGAAGUGCGAUCGUUUCUGGUACGAGACCGAUGAUCCAAACAUUCGAUUUACCGAACAUCAACUGGCAGAGAUUCGUAAGGUCACUCUGUCGAAGAUUAUGUGCGAAAACAUGGACGAGCACAACGAUAUGCAGCGAGCUGCGUUCGAUUUGCCCAGCAAUUUCUUGAAUCCCCGAGUACCUUGCAGCUCUAUGCCUCACAUGGAUCUGUCCGCGUGGCGAGAAACGAGGCACGGCUGUCAAAUCGGUGGAAGAAACGUUGCCUUAGGGGAGUCAGGUUUCCCUACACCGUGCACCAGCUGCGUCUGUACAGCCGAAGGCACUCAAUGCGCUUCUCUGAGGAUCACGGACUGUAAUCAGCUUCUACGCGAAGCUUCUCGAGAAGCGAUUUUGCGCGACGACGUAUGCACAGCUCAGUGCGGUUUCGUUUUGGCAGCCACUGAAGCUACCUCGAGACUUCAACAAUUCACGACACCGGCCAGCUUUCCUGGUUUCGUGCAACACAGGAACAGUUUAAGAAGCGUGCCGACGCCGGUUUCCUUCAAUGGCUUCAAAUUGCCAGACCUCUCGCAAUUCGUAGGCUGAAUGAAAAAGUCGUAUCGGUACUCGUUGCUUAUCUUAACUAUCACACGCAAGACUCAUUGUCUUCCUUCGCGUGAAACUACACAAUGACAGUGAGGUUUAGUUAUCCAUUUAACGAGCUGCGCUCAUUAUCGAUAACUAAACUGUACAGAAACGUUUUGCGUGUGCUCCCCACUCGUACCGUACAAUUUCAAACAUCUUCCCGAUGAGAGGUCAAGUGUAUGUAGAUACUCGUAGUAUCGUAUUCGAGUUUACCUGAAAUUAUCGUUUCAAGUACGAACGUCGUCGUUUUAAUCGUUUUAACAACAAAUACCUCUCAUCUUUUACUCGUUACGUUUAGUAGUACUGUUACUUGAUAGAUUAUAAGAAAUAUUUAAUUUACAGAUGAUGUGCUCUGAAAAAGUGUAAUCAGGUCAGUACACGACCACGGUGCCUUUGUAUAAAGCUGUCAUUGCCAGAAAAUAUUGAAGGAAAUAUUUGUACAGUGAUCUCGUGGUACACGAUUGCAGUGCGAAGACAAAGAGGACUCUAACAUAUUGUCAUGGUAUUUGCUAAUGUUGUAUCAUUGUUAGGAAGAAGAGGAAUGAGAGCGAUCAAAUGGAUGUG